GAGUGCAUCGGCGAACAGCAAUUCGCACCUAACAACGCAAUAGAAAAGUAUUGGAUUGUGUGUGGUUGUUGUUUUUUUUUCUUCUUUUGCUGUGCCACUGGUGUUCUAAAUUCGUGCCCACAGCUGACAUCAACAAGAGACGCGCGUUUUGGAGUUGUAGCCCAAGGUCAUUCGGCAGGCAGCUUUUCGGGAAAACGGGUCGCUGUGCUGCGCACCGCAGUCGCCAUCCGGAACAAUCAAUUUGCCCGAGGGCGCUAGCAGGGCGGCCAUUUUCCCCGGACAGUUGCUCUCACCGGCCUGCGUGCUUUUGCGUGUGCUGCUGUGCUUGUGUGCGUGCGUGUGGAGCGUGUUCGACGUGCGUUUGAGCGCAGGGUUGUGUGUUAUUUUGCUCGACAUUUAUUUGCUACCCAAAACCACCGUCCACAAGCAGUGAAUUCGCCGGCAAAUGGCGAGACAGUGGCGCACGCACAACAAAUCAACAGCGGCCGAACGCGAUGUAAGCGCGUAGAUAUAGGUGUGUGUUUCGGGGUUUGCGCGUGCUGUGUUGCCGUAGUGUGCUGCUAGCUGUCAGUGCGUGUGUACGUCGCUGUGUGAGUGUGUGUGUACGAUGCGAACGGCAACAUAGCAAGCGCCGCCGUGCCACUGUGGUGGCCGUUCUUUUGUAUGCUUUUCUUCAGUCGCGAGCCAGCACCGCACAGUCGCAUGCGGUCUCUCUGGUACGGCAACAUCACAAAAUACAACAACAACAACAAUAGCCACACAAACACUCCUAGGGCAAGCGUGCUGUGCGUGUGAGGGCUUUUCUAAUGGUGUGAAGGCGUUCGGGAGCGCUGUGUGCGUGUGUUGGUAGCCAGCAAGGAUUAACGCCGUACGAAGCAAGUUUUUCUUCGAAUAUAGCAGGAAAGGUGAAAGGCGGCUCUAGUUAGUGUGGUGGUAGUGGUGGUGUUUUGUGCAUCGAUAAAGAGAACCAUCGCAGUACAACCCUGAAGGGCCUGAAGGUAGAGCCAAGGGAAACGGAGAAGCAAGAAUAAAAAGGCUGUUCUACAAAGGCGCAGUAGGCCGGGAGUGAACGGCCAGAGUGAGGUGUUUUGUUUUUAUUCUUCUUCUUGUUGCUGUGCUCAGUGUGUGAUUGAAGAACGCGGUGAAUAGUGGUGAAUCUUCCAUCAAAUCCGUUGUGCAAACGGGGGGACCCCCUUGUUGAAUGUCUUAUGGCGGCGUCAGGGGGCAACAUGGAAACGGACGAGCUUUCCGAUACGAUGAACGAUUUUCUUCCACUGCUGCCGGAAAACAUCAAACAGGAGCUGUUUGAUGCCACCGAAAAGGGCAACCUGUGUGACAGUGUGGAAAAUAAGAUUGAUGAGGCGGAAACGGCAAAUGAACCGCCGGCACCGACGAAAUGUGUCUGGUGCCAGCAGACGCUCACACCGAACGACCAUCCGAAGCUGCUGGAAUGUCUGCACAAUGCGUGCCACGCGUGCGUGAAGCAGAAGAUCACGGAGCUGUCGCACAACUCGCCGCUCGUCUGCCCGGUGUGCAAGAUGGAGAGCCGGCUCGAGUACAUCAUCGACAACGUGUUUCUGAGCGAAACGUCCGCGGCGAGCGGCGAGGACAACCCGGGCAGCGUGGAGUCGACCAAGGAUCAGAUCAAGUGUAGCAGCUGCAGCGACGACGCGAACGCCACCUCGUGGUGUGUGGAGUGUGCGGAGUUCAUCUGCGAUAGCUGCGUGCAGGCCCACCAGCGGCUGAAGAUCACGAAGGAGCACACGAUCAAGCCGAAGGAGGCGGCAAACAGUGAGCCGGCGGGCACUAACGGGCUGGCCGGCAAGAACAUCAUGUGUCACAUGCAUCCGCAGGAAAAACUGUCCCUCUACUGUGAGACGUGCGAUCGGUUGACCUGUCGCGACUGUCAGCUGCUCGACCAUCGGGAUCACAAGUACAAGUUUGCCAACGAAAUUGCCAGCGAAACGCGCAGCAGCCUUAGCGGGCUGCUGAGCGAGAUCAGCUACAAGAAGGUGCUGCUGUCGAGCGCCAUGAAAGUGAUCGACGAUCGGCAGGCGCAGAUCACAGAGAAGAAGAAAGAACUGUCCAAAGAGAUCGCCGAUCUGGUGGUGAAGCUGACGAAUGCAGUCAACGCUCGCGGCAAGCAGUUGGUGUAUCGGCUAAAUCAGGUCUGCGACAACAAGCUUCAAGUAUUGAACGAGAAGAAGGAAGCGCUACAGUUACUCUCCGGACACACGGACCACUGUAUCGAGUUUGUGCAGACCGCACUAGACAAGGGAAGCGACAGUGCCGUACUGUACAGCAAGAAAACGCUUGCCCGGCACCUGCAGAAGGUGAAAAGUCAACGGGCCGACAUACCGAACCCGGAGAUACCGGUGCGCGUCCAGCUGUACGCUUCCAAUGUAGCCGAGCUACAGUCCAUGGUCUCCCGCAUCGGUACAAUACUCGUCGAUGGCAAGGUAUACCCACAGUCUCCCAGCUCGAACAAUGUUCCGCCAGGACCACCAGUUCCCGGCCCGGGGCCUGGUCCGUCACCGCAAAACAGAAGCAAACAGCCAAGCCCCAACAUUACGCCUCCGUUGCGACCGGGCAUGCCCGGUCCGGGUAUGACGACCCUUUCCUCCAACGGUCCUGGCGGUCCAGGCGGUCCUGGUGGUGGACCAGGAGGUGGAGGAGGCGGUAGUGGCGGAGGUGGUGGUCUGGGAGGAAACUUCUCACAGGUACCGCCUAUGUACAAUGGCAACGGUGGCGUACCGGUGGGGGCUCCUUUCCCGCCCAACCAUCCGAUGAGCAGAUCAUUCCCGCAGGAAAAUGGCCCCGGUCCCGGUCCCGGCUAUGGUCGGUUCGGUCAAAUGGGACCGCCGAUGGGUAUGCCAACUCAGCAGCACGUUAGCUCCUCUACACAUCCACAGAAUAUGGCAAACUUCAUGGGCAGCGGUGUGUCACCGGGCGGAUCGGGCGGUGGACCACCGUCCCAUCGGCUGUCCGGUCAGAUGGGCGGUCCGGGCAACUUUUUGGGCGGCCCGGGCGGUGCGCCGCAUCAAAACUUCAACCAAGGGCCGCCCGGCGUACCGCCCAGCAGCGGCGGAAUGGGCAUGGGAGGGAACGGAUCGGCUGCGGCGGCUGCUGCCGUGGCUGCGGCACGGUUCCAAUCGUUUCCCCGAUUUGCGAUGCCCUCCUCGAUGCGGCACAUAAUGGGUAAUCAGAACUCAUCCACCUUACUGACACCAAAGCAACAGUCGUUACGCUACCCGGGACAGCAGCCUCAGCCGGGGUACGGUCCAAACUCGCCGCAACCACCUCAGCUUCCGCCGCAGCUUUCCGGUGCACCCGUGCCCGGGCCCGGUAUCGGCGGACCGGGUAGUGGAGGCGGCGGUGGUGGUGGGGGCAGCGGAGGCGGUAGCAGUGGAGGCGCCAAAUGGCACAUUCCACAAAACAUGCAAGCCCAACAGAACAACGGGUUUUGUGGCCCUUCAGGAUUACACCUGUUUGGGAAUGGGCCAAACGAGUCGUUCAAAAUUCCUCUAAAAUCUCCAGACACGAUGCGCAAUGCAAUGCUUCUCAAUGGUGGCGGAUCGUCCGGAGGCUCCCUGUCGCACGGUGCACAUGGUGGAAGCGGCGUUGGUGGAGGUGGACACCAUCAUCAUCACCAUCAUCAUCAUAGUCAACAACAGCAGCAGCAACAGCAGCAUCAACAGCAACAGCAGCAACAACAGCAGCAGCAGCAACAACAACACCAACAACAACAGCAGCAACAACAGCAGCAACAGCAGCAGCAACAGCAACAUCAUCAACAGCAGCAGCAGCAACUGCAACAACAGCAGCAGUUACAUAGCCAACAGCAGUUGCAGAAUCAUCUGCAACAGCUCCAGAAUGCUCUUCCAAAUGUGUCCUCCACAAACCCGAAAACGCCAAGUCCGAGCACAAAUGAGCCGGCGAAGGAUUUUGCCGAAUCAAUUGACAAGGCUUGUGAGGACUCGGUGAACGAUCUGAUGGCGACGAUUGCGAAGCUAGAUUCGAACGGGGUGCAGGUACUGCCGGAAGGACACCGUGGCAAAACGACAUCCCCGCAGGUGCACAGCUCAACCGAUCUGCACACCAGCAGCGGCACGGUAGUGAGUGGCUCCGGUUCUGGGGCCAGUUCUGCUGGCGGUACGAACAACACCACCACGAUCGUGCUGGACGAUAAAAACUUGCCGAAGGAACUGGAUCCGAACGAGGACUGGUGCGCGGUGUGCAUGGACGGCGGUGAGCUGAUGUGCUGUGAUAAGUGCCCCAAGGUUUUCCACCAAACUUGCCACAUACCGGUAAUCGAUUCGCUGCCGGACGAGAGCGAAACCUGGCAAUGCUUGCUGUGCUACAACUUUGCCGAUCUACCGCCAGAACCUACUGGAGAGAAACGCAACGUUGGCAUAACGCCAUUGGAGCUGAAGAUUUUGCAGCGAAUUGUGCUGGAAUUGUUCUGCCAGUAUGAAACCAGCAUGCCCUUCCGUCUUCUCGAGCCGGACACAAACAAAGCAUAUUAUGAUAUUGUGCGAAAUCCAAUUUCGUUAACGAUGAUUCGUGAAAAGCUAGAAAUGAGCAAUAAUGACCAUUACACAGACAUUGUUUCGUUUAUCGCUGAUGUGAAGCGAUUGUUCGAUAAUGUGUACCUCUACUAUCAGGAGGACAGCAUGACGUACAAGAAUGCCCGCAAGUUGGAGAAGUUCUUCGAGCAGCAGCUCUCAAAGUGGUUACCAAAGUACCUCGAGGUCGAUUGCUUCGCCGAGGACUACCUACCGAAUGCAUCGAAACGGCAGAAGAACCACCAAGAUGACUAACAGUCACUGCAACACGUAGCGGGCGCAGUGAUGAAACCGCCAAGGACACUCUCCGACCUACCGGAGGUUUGUCCAGACAUGCAGCAACAGCAGCAGCAGCACCUCUGCGAUUUACAGCCGGAAGAUCUUUCUCUUCACUCCAGCGCUGCUCAUGGCCGGGUGGAGAAUGGUGGAGAGACGUGCCCGAACGAUGAUGCCGCCCCCUCACCCGAGCAAGCUCGUACAACAAAACUCAGCCAAGAGAUGGAGAACGAGCUAUGGAAUGCGGCAAAAUCGCUUGUGGAGGAAGAUGAAGCACUGCAGUGUGCAAUAGAUGCAGAUGUCGCGAAAGCAGAGGGCAAGCAGUCGGAUGAACCACCUGACGGGAGGCCUAGUGCACGGGAGAGCGAAACGCCAGCGACGACCGCGGGAGGGAUUGCUAACGCAUUGGGAUCUGCUGCUAAUGUUGCCUCCCUCGCCGCCGAAACGAAGGCGGCAGCCGCAGAAACGACGGAAUCAUCAUCAGAGGCAAUAGGGGGGAAAAUGGAUGAAGCGAUCGCAUCACCGAAUGGCACGACGACAACUAUUACUGCUACUACCACUACUUCUACUGCUGUCCUUACGGAAAACGAUCCGUAAUGCAGUGAGAGCGCAAUUGUCGGAUUUUAAAUCCAUUAGGUUAGUGGAUCCACUUCAAUGUACAUAUAACAUUAGUAUUCGCUGAAUACGCAUUCACACAUCCACAUAUACAUCCAAACACACACACACACACAAUCGUAACAGAGGGAGGGAGAAUAUCUUUGGCUGACAAAAAUGACGGUGAUAUUGAUAGUGGAUACAAUCGUGCAUGACAAAUUGAUCAUAAUAUUGUUUAAGUGUACAGAAUGGAAGGAGAUUAAUGCGCUCCAAAGCGAUUAAGAUAGCUUUUGACGGCAGAUGAUAGCUCAGUAGCAUGGUUUUUUUUUAAAUUAGUUUUGUUUUGUAAUUGUUUUGGAAACGCAUUGUGUAACCAAGCGGAAAGCUGUGGUUUAAAGUUCUGGAUCGAAAUGAUCGCUCAACUGGGUAGCGUUAACAGACAAAAGUGUUUAUUAUUUAUUAAUAUUUACUUCCAAAGUCGAACGAUUUUCGCUGCUUUAUAGUCUAUGGUAUGGUGAGAGCAUAGUCAAACCAAAAUUGGUUUUUAAUUUGCCAGCGACCCUUGGUUAAGUUAUUCGAUUGUACAAGUAAAUUGUAGCAAGGCGAAGAAGAAGGGGAUACAGCAGCCGUUGUACUGUACGCCGUGUGUAUGUGAAUUGCUGAUUUAUUUAGUGUACCACACAUUGAUUGGAGCGUUGGAUGAAUUAAUGCAAAUAGUUUUAGAAUUUAAUUUCAUAAGGUUUACAUCUCAACGUUGUUUUUAGAGUGUAAAUGUGUGUUGUAUUCUCUUACUCUCAAGUCUGGUUUCUGUACGCGUCCAUGCAUGAACAAUUGGAAUUACAAUGACGUAGCAUGAAUUACGAUAGACGUGUAGGUCUAAAGUCUCAUGAAUUAGCUGCUAGCGUGUUUGUAACAGUACCCAAGCAUCAUUAUCAUCAUCUGCAUCACCAUGGUGAGAUAUAGAGGCAGGAAAUUGAUGUUAAUUUUUGCGUAGAAUGUAUGUUACCCUUUCUGCCAACCUAGAGUUUGGUAGGCAUGUUUCUGCUUAAUCGCAAACAAAUUAUUUCACCUUAGCCGAGAGGUACAGGUUCUUUCCACAUUUCAUCAUUAGUCACGUCCGAGUGCAAAACGUAUACGAACGAUACAGGAUAAACCGAUGUUCAAAAAGGGUAACAGGCCCAAAUCUGGGGUCGAUCGCGAGGGACAUAAGUUUGAUGAGCAAAAGGCAAAAGUUAGCACUGUAAGCAGGAACGAUGGAUUAGGGGGUAAUACAUUGAAACAGGUAGGAGUGUGUGUGUUCGUAUGUACCUCUCUAUCCAUUCUAACCACAUACUUCCAUUCAUACAUAGCGUAUUAGCGUACGAUCACGUGUUGUAGGUUCCAGGUAUGGAAUAAGCAAACAUUGAACUUUCUCAAUGAUCUUAAGACAUGCAUUAUGCUACUUGAUGCAAGUAACUCGAACAAACGGUAGAACUUACAGUAAGAUAAUAUGCAUCGUAAACGGCACUGGAAUGGUUAGAUUAUAAUUACUGCAAAGAAAAAGAAAGCAAAAAUCAGUGAAAUUGUAAAAUCGUA